AUGACGGGCGACAUCAGCAGGGGCAGCCCUUUGUCUUGGAGCUCUUGGAGUCUCGUCGGCCGAGGGCGGAUCAAGGUGGCGCGCUACUCCCAAAGCGUACAAUUGCGCAGCCAAUUCUUGGCAGAUCAGCCAAUCAGAAUACAUGAUCCGGCCACUAUUUACAAGCUGCAUGACGCGAUAGAGUGGGAUGGCGUGAUCUCCUCUGAUUGGACCACCCCGGAUACCUACUGCCAGCUCUCUUCCAAGGCCGGUGCCUAUGGGAAGUACGAAGGUACCCUUCCGCAGGUACUCAUGCACGGCGGGCCUGGUUUCGGAGUGGACCAGGACAAAGACCAGGGUUUGGCUUCUCGAUUCUCCCAGUUACACCACUCGCUGCACUAUGAACGUUAUUCUUUGCCGCGCGGGAUAUUAUGA